AUGAGAGAUAGGUCAGCAAGUAGUGAUAAAAUGUAUCAAAGAAUUGAUGAGAAAAUUAGAGACCCACCUGGACUAAGUGACGAUAUAAUCCUGAAGGUUAAAUCUGCUGGUGAAAUAAACAGUGAUGAAGAGGAAAAUGAUGGAAUUAUGAAGAGAAAGAUAAGAAAUGGGAUGUUAUCGAUGAUCAACUGUAGUAUGCAAAAUCGAAGCAUGAAAAUGGGACGUUUGAAAACUUACAUGAAUCGAAAGACAGGACCGAUCUUGAUGAGUAAUAGUGGAAAAAUCAACUUAAUGAAGCGAUUGUAUCUUGAUCACAUGAUCAGUUGCGAUAG